AAGACUUUAAUUGAAAGUAUUCCCUUUCGUCAAGUGACAGCUGAAACGAAAAUGGUGUAAUAAUCUCCUGAUUGACAUUUUAAUGACCCGGUUACUGUAAAUAUUUACAAUUGCCAAGAGUCAAACUUCAACACUAUCGACAACAUUGAACGAAUCCGUGCAGCUUUUAAAAUGAAACAGGUAUAAAAAAGGCAUUAUUCAAGAAAAUUAAUUUUAUUAACGGUAUGAGAUGUAUAUUUAAAUCUCCGUAACUGUUUCUAGCGAGAAACCCAAAGAAAUAAACGAUGGAGUAUUUCUGUUAGUAUAAAACGCACCCAAAGCUCCUUUUGUUUACAUUCUUUCUGAACGCAGACGACGGUGUUGUUAUGGUCGAGGCUUUCGUGGACGGUGGAAGUUCACGAUACUGAAUACCAGGAAUUUAACCAGAAAAUUGUAAUACCGAGGGUAAAAUGAGAUAAUUUUUUCAAGUGUAAUCAAGGAACUCUUCGGUGUCGUUGUUGGUAUCAUUGUUUCUCUGAAUUUAUAAUUGAUUCGUGGAUGUACUAUCAUUAUUAAUGAAUGUGUCGUACUAGGUAGUCAACUUCGGUCAAAAAUCGAUCAAAAGUGACAGUUGUUGCUAAUCUGAGAUAUAUACUAGGCCAGGUAGUCUCCUCAACCUAGGACCUGACCCAGUCUUAGUUUUUAUCGUAUGGUCGUGUAUAUGCACACUUCGACUGUGAAUUACGUCUCCCCCAGAGUUCGUGAACGGAGCUAGCAUAGCUAGGUACCUAUCUACCCAAUGAAUUCAACUGCUCAAAGACUUUGGCCGAGUUACUUAAGCCAGGCCAGCUUGUUGCAAGAAUGGUAACACAAGCUGAUGUGGAAAGGAAAGAUGACACAAGAGGAAGAAGAUCUCGAAGAGCUAAGUAGCCUUGAAAUAAGAGAGGACCUUGGAGCAGAAGACAGUGAUGUUACACCCAUCAAUACACCACCAAUUUCACCACCAAUUUUAUAUGUCAAGAAGUAUCCACCAGUCAAGCCUCCUGAGGAUGAUGAAACACAAACGUUUCAAAGGUUUACAAAAAGAGAAGAUUAUGAUUGUAGAUCUGAGUCGUCCUUAUCAUGGGGAGAUGAUGAAUUUGAAGGAGAGGCAACAAAACAAGUUAGCAUUUUAUUUGAUCAAGUUGAUUAUCUCUUGUAUGGUGAAAAAAAAUCACUGCCUUCGUUGUUACCCUCACCUGAACCUCUGUCUCCUGAUGUAGUGGAGUCGCCACCUCAUAGCGAGGUCUUAAGCAGCCCUUUGAGUGACACCACACCAUUGGCUGUACCUAUUAAGGAUGAAGAUAACAUAAAAGAAAAUUCUGGAAACCCAGAUUCACCGUAUGGUGUUUCAAUAGAAGUAAAUGAUGAAGAUGACAACGAGUCAUCAGAAAACAUUUUCAGUUUUGGGACGUUCCUUGGGUCAAAUACUAACCCCAGCUAUGAUCAUAUGGUAGCGUCAGAACCUUCAGCAGACUUAAAGCAAGAAUGUCGUAACUGGGUGAACAGGUUCCCACACUUUAGGGCAAGAGGUCAUAGUGUAGAUCCAGUAAAAGUAAAAAAUCUGGAAGAGACACUGUUAAGUGACUGCUUGCCCCAGGAAGAGGAAGUUAUUGUACGUGAUGGUAAUUUUGAUAAUAUGCUGCCCUUAGUAGCUUAUACCAGUGCCUACCAAGUCAAGACUCCUCGGAAAGAUAACUUGAAGCAGUCUGCUCCAAGUAGUAGAGUGUGUAGUGGGUCCAAUGACCCAGAGGUUCUAAAGGAACAAGUGUUGAUUGCACUUUUUGAACAGCUGUGGGAAAAAGUAACCAAAAUUAUUGACCCAUUGCUCCAUCAGUAUGCCAAAUAUAUAAUUGAGCAAUCUGUGCAAUAUUUAUCUAUAUCAAGAGAACCUAGUACCCGUGGGUCAAGGCUUAGUGCUAAUACAUUACCUCAAUGUGUCAGUGGUGAAGUUAGAAAAAGUGAUAAGUUCCUUUCGCCAAUGAAUUCUGUUGACAAAUUGUUUAAUGGUACAAGAAAUUUGAUGUCAAGUCGACCUAUUUCUGGUAUUAGGAGACCUAGCAGUGCAGUGCAAAGAUUACCCAGUAGUGUAUCUAUACCAAAUAUCCAUCCUCAAGAAGAAUUGCAUGAACUGUUACAAGUUUCUACAAAACCCUUGCAAAAUGGUGAAAGCCGAACUCGUUCUUAUCCGCCAUCCACUACACAGACAAGAGAGUGUUCUGCAUCAUCUCGAAUGUCUCAGUUAUCCCUCCCUUUAGUGAAUACCCCACGUGAUAGCAAUCGUCCAGUUUCCUCGAAGUCUACCAGUCGCCAUCUUGCUCCUGUAAAUACUAAAGGUUCAACUAGUCUAGCAGAGCAAAGACCAGCAUCUACCUCAUCCUAUAAUACCCGUAUGAGAAUUCAAGAAAGAUUUCAACACCUCAAUAGACAGUUUACAAUACAAGAACUUGGUACUGAUAACUUAGGGUCUGAAAGUGAAGAAGGUAUGCAAGAGCACCACAGUCCAGUUUGGUCGAGACAUAUUCCUUUUUUACCUCCCAUCACAGACAGUGCGGCUGUACCUGUAAAGGUCCAGCAUUUCCCUCCUAUCACCCGAGAUGACAGAAUGUUAACUGUAAAAGGUACUGUGAUGUCUGCAUCACAUCGUUUAGACACUAACACAAGGUCCAGUAAAACUUGGGUGAAUAUCUGAAACAAUUCACAAGUGAUGAGUAUAUCAGCAUUGUUUAUAGAAAUUGCACUAGGAUUUGUAGUGAGUAAUUACGUAUUGUUAGUAUUGUACAAAGUUGUGAACAUGUUAUCUAUGGUAUAUAGUCAUGGUUUUUAGUUUUGGGAAUAAUUAUUUGUAGCAGUUGCACAUUUGUGUGUCAACGUAGAGAUGUUACAGUAAGUUGUCUUUGUCGUCAUUGUCAGUAAUUUUUGGUGUUAGAAAUGUUCUUUUUUUUUUUGCUAGUCUUAUUCUUAACAAGGGAGUUUUCAUCCUGUCAGCAAGAACAUUCAGUGAGUAAGUUUUUAUUUAGCAUUGGUUGCCAUAAGCAGUUCUGAAGAGAAACUUAAUCUCAUAUUAAGACUAUGCUAAGUAUUAUUAAGGAUGUCAGGUAAGAUAAUUAAUCUGAAAAAUUAUGACUUGUAAACAGUCUAUAGGCUCAGGACUAGUCAUUGGAGUCAGCAUCUUGAGAACACCUACAGUAGUAUCAUUAUAAAUUAGUUAGAGGACAGCAGCAGAUCUAGCAAAAGCCCUUUGAGGCUGUGGAUUAAUUUCAAGUAGUUGUAGUUAUGCAAGGAGAUAAAAUUAAUUUUUUAAUGAAACCAAAGCCGACUAUAUUAAAAAAAAUUUGAUCAGUUUUCUUAAUGUGAUGAUGGUGAGGCUUAAUUUUAGACAUGCAGUAGUACAAGCACUUUUUAACCAGACCAAGUUUUUCGGUUACUGUUGCAAGUUAUCUACAGAUUCAUUAAAAUGUCCAUUUGUUCCUACACAAAUACAAACCUUCAUUCUUGACAUAGGAUUUAGCAUGGGAAUGUGAGUUUGAACAGCCAUCUAACUUUCAGACAAGGUCAUUAACAAUUGACAGGUGAGGGGAAGUCCCACCUACCUGUCAGUAUGCAUUCCACUUUGCUUCUGGAUGCUGCCAUGUUUCAAGGUCAGCUAGACUGCCUGACUUUGCUGUUGCUUCCAUAUGAAAUUUCUUUUGUAUUCUAUGACAUCUUUUCUUUCUAUGACCUAUUUUUGCAGACUUGUAGAAUAAUAAAGAUGAGCCAAAUCCAUCAGUCAUUGCAGCCUUCCACCUCCCUUAUGAAGAAACUUAAGGUAUUCUUUCGCUGCCCAGGUAUGAAGUGCUGUGUCUGGCCAUCUGAACAAUGGGAGAAGUAUGCUAAGAAGAAGAAAAGAGAGAAGGUAUCUCUGGUGUAAUUAGAUUGUAAUACACUGCCAGUGCCUUGAAGGUCAUCUUUGGGAUUUUCCCUCCUCCUGCUGUUGCUACUAGUAAGGGAACAGUUUCCGCCUCACCAACUCCUACUGAGUAUUUAGUAGAGAGCCUUUGAGGGGGAGAGGAUGCCCAGUCCAGCAUAUUACUUGAGGCCUCCUUUCACAAUGAGGGAGAAUUUUCUUUCGGAGGACACCCUCUCUCAGGGCAAAAUUAAAAGUCUCUUAAUAACCCUACUCUUUCUAUGUGCAAUGGAAGCCAAGCAGCUCAGUGAGUUGUAACUCUCUCUGCUGGAUCACCCAAAGGUGAGUAAGGUAUUGCUUGUUACUGCUUCUACCAUGACCAUUAUGACUGAUUCAGGGUCUCCACUGGCCCCUGCUGGCUCCCACUUAUUCAGUGUCACUCUACAUCUCAUCAGUGAUAUGCUCAGAGGAGUUGUCUUCUUCAACUGUACGUGUGUUCCUCCUCCAUUUGCUCUCUUCAGUGCUGACCUUGGCUGUGCUCAGGAAGACGUCGAAGAAGAGGAGAAGGAAUUCAUCAUUGUUGACUUUGUCUUGUCAUUGAGUACUGUCACCUCUUAUUCUCUUUCUUCCAAAGCAAGUAAGUAGAGGAAGAAGAAGACUGCUCUAUUUCCCCACAGGAAGUCUUGUCAAGUUUCCUGUGGUCAAUCCUCUACAGUGAAGAGGUUUGAGGGGGCCCUUGCUAUGGGUACCACAAGUAUCACUGUAACUACCACCCAGAGUUCUCCAGACCCCUCUGUGUACCAAUACUGGCUCCAGUAGUACCCUUACCAGGGCUGGCCAGGGUACAUGAUCUUUGGACCAGGGCCUGUUUGCCAGCAAGGCACAGCAAGAAAAGAUGAAAUGAGAACAUGCAGGUGCUCUUUCAUCCCCCACCCUCUCUUCAAAGAGAGAGUAGCAUGAGGAGGUCCCCUGCUCAGUCUUCCUGGCCUAUAAAAGCUUCAGCUUCUCGGAAGACUGGGACAGCCCCUUACCCUGUUUGCAUGAGUGGGACCACUCUCCCCAACCUGUGUGGAUGUUGUCACCUCUUGUUGAAGGCUGCCCACGGCUUUGCUUACUUGGCAACGUUUCAGUCUUCACCCAGCUGGGCAAGGGUGCUCAUGGUCUUCCACCUAUCUCCUCUACCUCUUCAGGGUUUACUGGGAACCAGGAUAUUGACAGGGCUAUGGUUCAGAACCAAGACAGUUCUCAGUCCCAUCCCAACCCCACCAAGGAGGCUUGCAUUCCUGGGAUAGUACUCGGGCCAGGAAGGUGUCAUCCCCAGUUGGACAUAUUUACCAGUCGGUUAAGAGAGAUCCCAGAUUUCCUCCCACUAAUAGGUAUGUCUCCUAUGUAAAGAAUGAAGGUUUGUUUUUGCAUAGGAACAAAUAGCAAAGUUUUUCAAAGUAAUUUGUCUUUUUCCUCUAACUUACAAACCUAAAGUACUUUGCAUUAAUGGCCCACCUCAGACAACCCAUCUGGCACUUGGGCCAAAAGGCAAAGUGAAGUGCAUACCAACAGGUGGCUGGGACUUCCCACUAACUGUCAAUAUAGUUAACAACCUUGUCUGAAAGUUAAAUAGCCUUUCCAGCAUGCAAUUGCAAGCUAAAUUCUAUGUCAAGAACUUUUGGUUUGUAUGUUAGGUAAAAUGGAAAUUCUGUACUUGGAAUUAAAAGCCCAAAAAUGGAUGUGAGUUUAAAGGUCAUUAGAAAGGUCUUGCAGGUAUUUACCAUUGUACUCUUUCAUUCAUUAGUUCUAAAAAUAGACUUUAAUGAUACAUACUGACAUCAACAGAUUAGUACAAAUUAGCAUUACACUUAUUCUACAAGUGUGUGAUGCUCAUGGAAAUAAUAACUUAACUGUCAUGUAACAAUUUAAUUUUAUUAGGCUCUUAGUUGAACUGCAGCUUUUUUUAGCAUUUUAUGCCAUUGGUAGGGGAAUAAGGUAAAACUCUGGAUCUUUAUAUACAGUAACUAAAAUUUUAGGUAUGUGAUCUUUAAAAUGUUAUAAAUCUGACCACCAUUAGGAACAAAAAUACACAGUUUCUGCAUUUUUUUUAAUUAUGUAAAUUUCUGUAUGGUGAAUUUAAAUGGGCCUUUUACUCCAGUGAUCUAAAACUUCAUACAGUGCAAGUUCUUGCAGGGUUACUCUGGAAUCCAGACAGCUAAAAGAUUCAUUCUAUAUUGUCAUUUUUUUGGCCAUUAAGGUUUUAAUAUGUCAUAUUUUGACUGCUAUUUGUCCUUUUUUCAUUAAAUAUUACGCACUUUCAACAUUUUCAGGUGCUGAACAGUAAAAUUGUACAAUACAGCACAGAUAUUUUGAAAAUACCAGGGGUUUAAUAACUUGUAUAGGGCUUUCUCUUUAAAUGACUAGCAUCUUGGCACUGUAUAUCCUUUUGUAUUGGUAUUAAUGUUUAUGCACCGUAAGUCUUUUAUAAUGUUCACCUGACUAAGCCUUGUCAGUUGUAAGUGCAUUAUUCAGUGCCCCAACUUAGUGUUAUUUU